CUUCCUUAAAGAUCAGUGCAGGUCAUGCGCACAUUCACGGCGUUCACAAGACAAUGGACAAGCAAUCCCUCGCGGGUAAAUUUCCAAAAGCAUGCAACGGCUCUCCGAUUUACUUCGUCUGUGGCGGCUCACGUUAACAGGAAUCCUGUUUUGGAGUUGCAGAAACGUGGUUUAGUUGCUGCUAUGACGAGUGCAGAUCUGAUUAACCAUGUUGAUAAAGGUCCUACAGCUAUUUACUGUGGAGUUGACCCUACUGCCAGCAGCCUCCAUCUCGGGAAUCUAGUGACAUUGCUCGGCUUACUUCAUUUUCACAUCAAAGGCCACACGACCAUCGGAUUGGUCGGUGGGGCGACUGGUUCAAUAGGUGAUCCAUCGGGCAAAAGCACUGAGCGUCAACCCAUGUCUGCGGCAACGUUGGCCAAGAAUGUAGCAGGAAUUGACGCUCAAUUUCAACAAUUCUUCAAGCGUGGAAGAGCUUAUGCUGAAAGACGUGGGUAUUCGAUCCAGGGCUCUAGUGGUGGGCAUGUCAAAGUGGUCAAUAACAAGACCUGGUUUGGGAAAUUGUCUGCUCUUGAUUUCUUGGCUGACAUUGGCCGCUAUGCCAGAGUCGGAACUAUGAUUGCCAGGGAUAGUGUGAAAUCUAGGUUGGAGAGUCCUCAGGGUAUCAGCUUCACAGAAUUCUCAUAUCAAUUGCUACAGGCGUACGAUUUUUGGCAUCUUUAUCAUGAAGACGGUUGUAGGAUCCAGCUGGGUGGAAGCGAUCAGUGGGGAAACAUAACAGCAGGCAUUGAUUUGAUCCACAAGAAGAAGAAAACCGCGAAGGAGCAGGUCAUUAUUGAAAGUAGCAAGGAUGGCCACGGGACGAUUGCUGACAGCGCUUAUGGACUCACAAUCCCUUUGCUUACUACUGCCACAGGGGAGAAGUUUGGAAAGAGUGCAGGCAAUGCUGUUUGGUUGGACGAAAGAAUGACUAGCCUUUUCGACUUUUAUCAGUUUUUUGUCAAGACAGCUGAUGCAGAUGUAGAACGUUACUUGCACUACUUCACAUUAUUGAACACGGACCAGAUCCAAGCAGUGAUGAAUGAGCACAAUACAGAACCUGAAAAACGUCAUGCUCAACAUACUCUUGCCAGGGAAACUACUGAGCUGGUUCACGGUGUUGAUGCUGUACCUAAGGCUUUGCUCGCAACCCAUGUUUUGUUUGGUUCAUCAUUGGACAAGCUUAAGGGACAAGAGCUGAUCGAUGCAUUUGAGCAUGAUUCACGAAUGAUAUCUCUAACCAAGUCCGACAUUAUGGAUAUGAGCGUAGAUCGUGUUGCAGUAGAGUCCGGAUUAUGUUCCUCAAAAUCUGAAGCCAAGAAGCUAAUCAAGUCUGGUGGAUUUUACAUCAACAAUGUCAAGAUGACAGAUACAACAUACCACAUCGUUGAGAGGGAUUGGAUAGAUGGCGCAGUCUGUGUACUUCGAUCUGGAAAAAGUAACUACAAGCUACUCAAAGCCGCAGUGCCUGCUUCAAACUAGAAGAGUCAAUUUUGAAUAAUUUAUCAUGUUUAUAAAAAUAAAGUAUACAUCUUUUAGACGGA